AUGUUCAAUCCAAAAGCAAAAUUACGCACAAAGUGCCCUGUUCCACAUAUUUGGGAUAUAAGAGCCGAAGCUUAUACCUUAGCCUUAUCAGCAAAAAAUGCCAAUGCUGUUGAGGCCACGAAAUUUCCAGAUAUUACAGAAGAAGCUAACAAAAUCCAGAGGGAUAAUCAGAAAAAGGCUGAAGCUAAUCGUAUUAACUAUCCAGAUCAUUUUAUGUUAGAAUCGGUCAGAGAAAGAUUGGAUGGUUAUGAUAUAUUUACUUUACCCAACUUACAAGCUCUCACAGAUAUUAUGGUGAUGCUUUGUAUUCGUCCUGCUGAACUUACAACUUUGUGUAUUACAGAUGCUAGAGUAACGGGAUAUGCGAAGAAUCGGGGUCAACUAGAUAUUCCUAGAAAAUUUAAAUCUAUAGAGAAGAACCAAGAACGAGCUAAGGAACUACUCACUUGGAUACAGAAUUCUAUAUCUUCUGGUCAAAUGGGUAAUCCAGGUAAGCCAGAGGUUAAAUGGUUCAAUAGAUUCUUAAAAGAUUAUAAUCUAAUUCCCAAAUACUUACAAAAAAUGGGUGCCGUUUAUGGUGUAGUAGCGUAUAAGGCUAAGAAUAUAGCCCACGCUUAUACAAUUGCUGGAGAGUGUUUACGUCACUCAUCUGACAACUAUACUUCUCCUGUGCAAAACUACAUUGUGGUAAACUACAGGCCCCGUAGAGUUAGUGCUGAUCAAGCAAGACUAUUCCGAAUCUAUGAUAAAGAUUAA